AUGCGCUUCUCCUUGUCUCUCCUUCUUCCGCUUCUUCCCCUCCUCCUACCCACCCCCGCCCUCUCCCAGUCUACGGUCGACUGCGACAAUGCCGACCUGACCUCAUACCUCCUCCAGCUAAUCGACGCCCUGUACGCCAACGGACUCACGACCUUCGAGUCCCUCCUCGCCGACAUCACCUCCACCGACUCUGGCUACGACCUCCUCUCCACCAUCUUCACCCAAUCCGACCAAACCUUCACUUUGCUCGUACCCACCGACUCUGCGUUUCAAAUGGCCGCCGUCUGGGCACCCUUCGAGCAUCAGUCAAAAGACUAUCUCGUCGAUCUAUUCGGCCUCCACACCUUGCAGGGUCACUAUGGGUACAAUGAGCUGCCCGAGGCCGGGAUGGGCGUGGGGCGGAGCAUGAUGCGCAAGAGGGAAUGGGAGGAGCGGGUGGUGAUGAAGCGCGGGGAGAGGGGUAUGGUCGUUGUCAAGACGGCGUAUGGGGAGGUUUCGUCCUGGUCUGGACCGGCGGAUAUCUCGGCGCAGUACUUGUUGGAUAACCUUGUCAUUCUGCCUAUUGAUCAUGUACUCCAAGCCCCACCGAACAUAUCCACCGCGUUGACCCUGCCGUCCACUACGCGCUCGCCGAAUGGCCUCCCCCUUCUCCAAGCGGCGAUAGCGAACGUCUCCGCGUCAGGCGCGGACGCACUCACCGAGAUAAAGCCUGGAGGGUUGACAUUCUUCGCCCCUGUCGACGACGCGUGGGGCAAGGACGCCUGGGCGCAGGUUGCUGACAAGACCUUGCGAGCGAAGUUGAUCGGGAACCACUAUACCACAAAUUACUCGCUGUUCUCCCCUGACUGGACCUCGGGCACGAUUACCGAUUUGACGAUAAUGAACGGGGAUAAGCUCAAGCUUAGCGUCGAGGGGGACACGAGCUACGUCUCGCUCGGCGAUCAAAAGGCGCAGAUCCUGCGGUCGGAUAUCACGCUUGAGAAUGGUGUCUUGCAUAUCAUCGAUAGGGUUUUGGUGGUGCCCCAAAGCGAGAAGCCGAAUCCCUUCAUCCAGACAUUGGCUAAUUCGCCAACGCAGGCAGCCAAGCCGAGCGGCAGCGCCCCGAUGCCGUCCAGUACGGGCGGCGCGAGCAGACUCACUGGGACAAAGUGGAGCGCAGUGGCUGCGGUGGCAGCGUGGUACCUGUCAGGUUUGUAG